GCAUUGCCCAGUGGUGUCUCGGAUGCGUCACCGAUGCACUGCCCCCAUACCAUCAUAUCUAUCCUAAACAACACAACAAAUCUUGGGCAACUUUGCAACACGGCCUCUGCCUACGAGAUCGGCGACGACGCGAUCACCGGCCGCCGGUACGACGGGCUGAACGAACCUGGCUGGCAUCCUAAUCUUUUCGCGUUCCCAUUCCCCGGCCGUUUUCUUGGUGUUUGCAUUGCACCGCCAGGCGGGCGGGGGGCCGCACUACGGUUGGUGGGGACGCGCAUUGCGGGUACGUGAUGCAGUAAACGCGGCAGGAGCGACCACCACGGCUACCGGUGGCCAUAACUCACACCAGGAAAGGAGAAGGCAACCUGCCUUGACUGUUGCUCCGCUGCCUCGCCGCGCGGCUCGGCCCGGCCCCCAUAUCCCGUUUCUGCCAUUUCCCAUCACAAUUCACACCCCCACGGCGAGGAGUCCAGAAGCGUCCCUUCUCCUCUCCUCUCCACGCCGUCUAGUCUCGUCUCGUCUCGCCGACCGACCCAUCCAUCCAUCGAUCGAUCGAUCGCUGGAUUGAGGGUUCAGUUCACGCGCGACACCAGCAGCCUGCCUCAUCACCUUCCGCUCCCGUCCCCUUCCGCCUCUCGCAUCAUCGCCUUCUACAUUCUCCGCGCCCCUCUUGAGGCGUGAUACCUUGGCCUUCUCUGCCCGCCGAUCUGCCUCGCCACGCGGUUCGUCGUGCUGCUGCGGGGCGGCGUCCGGCGGAGAGGGGGCGCGCGGCGGGGUGUAGGUAGCUAUGAAGAACGGGGCGAGGAAAGACGCGGGCGGCGGCGGCGGCGGAGUGUUCGUCCCGUGCGUCGACAUCAAGUCGUUCGUGCUCUCGCUCGCCUUCCUCACGGUGUUCGUCGCAUUGUGGCAGCUCCAGCCGUACGGCUCGUUGCUCACCGCGGCGCGCUCCACCGCCUCUGUCUCGGCCUCGCCAUGUUCCCUCAUCGCCACGCCCGCCGCCGCCGCCGCGAGCGCAGGCGUCAUCCGGUCGGAGAACUCCACCGCCGACACGGCCAAGACCGCGCCGGCCGCCGUUGCUAGCGCAGUCCCCGCGCGGUUGGCUAGGGCGGCGAGGCCGGCGCGGGUGGAGGACCCCAACAAGCGUGAGCUCCGGCCGUACGGCAGCGCGGCGGCGCUGUUCGUUCAGAUGGGCGCGUACCGCGGCGGGCCGCGGACGUUCGCCAUCGUGGGAUUAGCGUCCAAGCCCACCCAUGUGUUCAGCAACCCCUACUUCAAAUGCGAGUGGCUGCCCAACCCCACCGCCGGCAACCCGUCGCCGCGCCCCGUCCGCACCAAGGCGUACAAGAUGCUCCCGGACUGGGGGUACGGCCGCGUCUACACCGUCGUCGUCGUCAACUGCACCUUCCCAUCCAACCCCAACGCCGACAACGCCGGCGGCAAGCUGCUCGUCCACGCCUACUACUCCACCACCUCCCGCCGCUACGAGCGCUUCGUGGCGCUCGAGGAGGCCCCGGGCUCGUACGACGAGUCCCGCUUCAGCCCGCCGUUCCCGUACGACUACCUCUACUGCGGCUCGUCGCUGUACGGCAACCUCAGCGCCAGCCGCAUGCGGGAGUGGGUGGCCUACCACGCGCACUUCUUCGGGCCGAGGUCGCACUUCGUCUUCCACGACGCCGGCGGCAUCAGCCCGGAGGUGAAGGCGGUGCUGGAUCCGUGGGUCCGCGCCGGCCGGCUCACGGUGCAGGACAUCCGGGCGCAGGCGGAGUACGACGGCUACUACUACAACCAGUUCUUGGUGGUGAACGACUGCCUGCACCGGUACAGGCACGCCGCCAAUUGGACCUUCUUCUUCGACGUCGAUGAGUACAUUUACCUGCCCAAUGGGCAGACGCUCGACCAGGUGCUCGGCAAGCUCUCGGGAUACUCGCAGUUCACCAUCGAGCAGAAUCCCAUGUCCAGCAAGCUCUGCGUGCAGGAUCCAAGCAAGGAUUACUCAAGGGAAUGGGGUUUUGAGAAGCUUGUCUUCCGCAAUUCAAUUACCAAAGUUAGGCGAGAUCGCAAAUAUGCGAUCCAGGCCCGAAACGCAUACUCUGCCGGCGUACACAUGUCACAGAAUGUCUACGGGAGGACAACCCAUAAGACAGAAAGCCUGAUCAGAUACUACCACUAUCACAAUUCGAUCAAUGUCAUGGGAGAGCCUUGUCGGGAAUUUGUGCCGGUGCCGGUCAAUGGUAGUAAGUUGAUGUUCGAGGGGAUCCCUUACGUAUACGAUGAUAACAUGAAGCGUUUGGCUGGGCAGAUCAAGCGGUUUGAGAAGGAAGCAAUUGGAUCUGCUCAUACAUAGGCACAUAGCAACUGAACUACUGAAGACUGCCGGUACAUAACUACAGUCUACAUAUAUACCUGAUGAUAUUGUUUAGGAUGCCUGGUUGAGAGUUGAGACGGGCUCACGCUUCUGCUGUUGCAAGCCACCGUGUCUGGCUGGUAAGCAGAGGGAAGAGCUUGCAAGUGGGUUGGUCCAAGUGGUGUAAAGUUUUGGUUCUUUUUAUUGACAUGCCAUUCUCUACAGGAGCACUGCUGUUUUUGCUCCAUUUUCUCCUUUCUCUUUUCUCCUUACCCCCACAUCUGUUAUUAUAGAUCUGUGUAAACUGUAAACUUAUGGCCCUGCCUUUUUACAGUAGAUUCUUUGAUAGAUCUCCCUCCGGGGUUACAUGCA